GAACCGAGCCGCCAUGUUGUCCAGUAGACCGAGCCUCGCACGCGAGCGGGAGAGUUGCCUGCGCAAACUGCCUCGAUGUGUUCUGCUCUGAUCAUGCAGCGCCGCUCGAGCACGACUGCAUCCACAUGGCCUCGCCGCCGCCGCAUCAAGAUCUUCUUCGCCUCUCGUGGGAGGUCGAGUCGGAUGAAGACGAUGUGGAGGCUGCAGGCAGAGCUGCGUCUAGCUCUGACGAGUUUGAUGCUCUGGAGGACUGGCGCGAUGAGACGGAGCUCGCCUCGCUUGUCCACUCGAUGGCCCGCAUGUCACCGCGGUCACGGCAGACUGCCAUUGGAAGCACGCCGGGCCUCUCGUCUCGCCGCGCCGCUAUGCUUGUCGCGCUCUCGGCGGCCGGCUGUCACGUCCGCACCAUCCAUGAGACCCGCGAGUCCGGUAUGCACUCUGUCGUCGUCGCUGCGCCCGAGCCCAUCAUCGAGCGCGCCGCCGAGGCUGCGCGCAUGCAGAUGCCAACCCGCUUUGGUGCCCGAACGUUUGACGUCGACGACCGACAGGCCUUUGUUGACGCUGCCCCGCCGCACGCUGCUCCGGGCUCGCUCUUUCUCCGCGCGCAGCGCAUCGAGGCGCUCAUCGGCUACAUCCGUGACGCCGUCGACCCCUCGCCAUUUGAACUGCUGGCUGAAGGCGAGCUCGACGCCAUUGUCCCACUCCAUGAAGAGCCGGACCUCUCGCGGCUCCAGAGUGGGACCCAGGUGUGCGGCCCGCUGCCGGCGCUCGACGCCAUCCGCGGCUACUUUGGCGAGUCGGUCGGCUUCUACUUCGCCUUUGUCGACCAUCUCACCAUGGCCUAUCUCUGGCUCAUUGUCCCGGCGCUCAUCACUUCCGUCAUCCAGUGGGUCCUCCAGAACUCAUCCGAGGAGGCGUGGAUCACCAUGGCGUACACCGUGGUGGUCCUCCUCUGGUCGACAAUUGUGCUCGAGACGUGGAAGCGCCAGCAGGUCACCCUUGCUGCGGCGUGGGGCAUGCUCAACCACGAAGAGACUGAGCGCCCACUGCCGAGCUUUGCCGGCGUCACCCGCCGCGGCCUCUACGUCGGCGCUGCCUUUGUACCCGAGGAGCGACUCCGCUCGGUCGGCCUCCCCGCCGACGACGCCGUGAUCGAGACCGUCCACAACCGCACAAGCCGCCGGCUCCGACUCUCGGCCUCGGCAGCGUUCACGCUCUUGCUCAUCGGUCUUGUCAUCUGCGCUAUGCUCGGCUUUAUGGGCAUUAAGCUCGCUCUCGAGUCGGGCAAGGUUUUUGGCGAGCGAUACGGUGCCAUUGCCGGCGGCGUGAUCAACGGCCUCGGCAUCACUUUGCUGAACAAAGUGUACGAGCUGGUGGCGACGAGGCUCAACGCGUGGGAAAACCAUCGGACUGCGACCGAGGCUGCCGACGCACUCAUUGUCAAGCUUGCUGCGUUUACCAUCGUCAACUCGUACGCUAGCCUCUUCUACGUCGCCUUUGCCCGCGAGGCGCCGCUGUUUGGCGAGGGCAAGUCGUGCGCGCCCGAUUGUCUCGACGAGCUUGCCACCAUCCUCGCCUCGGUCCUCAUCACCCAGCAGGUAUUCCGCCUCGCCAAGGAGUUUGUGGUUCCUGUUGCCAAGGCUGCGCUCCUCCGCUUUCUGGGCCACGGAGGCAGCCACGAUCAUAAGCUCGCGCCGGCACCGCAGCUUCACAAAGAGUACGCGACUCUGGUUGUCACUUUUGGCUACGUCACUCUCUUUGCUGCCGCCUUUCCGCUCGGCGCCCUCACCUCGCUCGUCCUCGGCCUCAUCGAGGCUCGAGUCGACCUUGCCAAAUUUGUGCUCUCGCAGCGGAUCGAGCCGCGUGGUGCCGAGGACAUCGGCGCGUGGCAGCACGUUGUUGAGGCGCUCUCGCAUGUGGCUGUUGUCACCAACACUGCCCUUCUACUCGUCACCUCGCCGCAUCUCCGCGACACAGUGACCAAGCUCAUGCCAGGCACCCCGAGCUCGGCUGAGACCCUAGCCUACACCGUCCUCAUUGCUGCAGGAAUCGAGCACGCCGUCUUUGCCCUCAAGUACAUUGUCGCCAUCGCCAUUCCAGACGUACCCGCCGCCGUCCGCGAAGCCCUCGCUCUCGAGCGCCUUGCCGAGUACCGGUCGCUGGUCGCCCGCCGGCGCGAGGCCGAUGAUCUCCGCCAGUGAUGCUACGCUGGCAAACGCGCGGGUGUGUAAUAAUGGAGGGCAGAGUAAAUUAUCACA